AUGUAUAUGAUGCGCUUCCACUUUUUGCUUCCACUUCUAGCUAUUUUUUUGUUAAGGAAAAAAGAGCUUUUUUUGUUUUAUUUCUUUUACAUAUUCUCUUUUUCUCCGCCCUAUAUACCCCUUAUUGUCAACGUGUACCUGGUAUAGCUCCAACAUACUGGACACACCCGCCAAACAUCAUUUUUACACCUUAUUGUCAUUAUACGAACGCUCUCUUCUUAAUCCAAGCCUCUUAGACUCUUUACAUUACACAACUCCUUUCAUUACUCUUUCAUCUACACCUUAGCACACAUACAAAUAUCCUGUCCACUUUUGUUUUGUGCCGGCCACACAAACAACCAAACAAACUAAACCCUUUUUCCAUUACCUUGCCCUGCUAGCUCCAGCCUUCAACCCAACCCUUGCAGCAAUAAUGGGCAGACGUAUUGGUUUUGGCAGCCUGCUGCUCUGUGCACUGGCUUCCAUCGGCACCGUAUCGGCUGAUGUCGACCGUAUUAUUGGCGGUACUGCUGCAUCCACGGACAUGUUCCCCUUCAUAGUGCACCUGUUCAAGGACGGCAACGCCUUCUGCGGAGGCACGCUUAUUGACAGCGAGUGGGUUAUCACCGCAGCUCAUUGCGUGGCCGAGGGCAACAGAGAUAUUGGUGCUGGUGCCUUCACGACGAGCGACCCGUCGAGCUUCAAGAUUGGAUACGGAACCAAUGGCGGCAGCCUGUCCAACUCUGUCAGCGUCGAGUCCAUCACCGUUAAUGCUGGUUUUGACCCCGUGUGGUACACUUCGGAUAUUGCGCUGCUGAAGAUCAAGUCGAGCAACGAUCUGGUUCAGAAGACCAAAAUCAUCGCCAUUUCGAACGCCAACGUCAGCGCCGGCCAGACUGUUAUUACUGCAGGAUGGGGUCAGUUCUCCAACAGCAGCCCAGCUCAGUCCAGCCAGCUGAUGUACGCCGGACUUGUGACCGGAGACGAAGACACAUGCAAGGUCGGUGCAUCCGAUUGGAACGGGCAAAACGGACGCUACGUGUGCACCAGUUACUCCACCGCACCCAACAUCGGCACUUGCUUCGGUGACUCUGGAGGUCCCCUGCUCAUGAACAGUGGCAGCGGAUAUACUCUUCUGGGUCUUGUGAGCUUUGACGUCAAUACUAAGGACUCGUCGAACACUAGGUGCGCCCAGGAUGGUAAUGUUAGCUAUUUUACGCGUGUGUCGUCGUAUUUGUCGUUCAUUUCAUCUACCACUGGUAUUUCUGACAAGACCUUGUUGGGCAUGGGCUCGCCCUUGACCCACAGCAAUGGCGACAGCAGCUCCGAUGGCGACAAGGACGUCAGCAGCAGCACUGCUGAUAGCAGCAGUGGCAAGAGCAGCUCGAGCACUUCUGACAAGAAGGAUGAUUCAAAAACUGAUGACAAGAAGGAUGAUGAUGAGGACAAGGAGGAAGACAAAGAUGAAGACAAAGAUGAAGACAAGGAGGAAGGCGAAGAUAAGGACAAGGAGGAUGAAGGCAAUGACAACAAGAAGGAUGAAGGUAAUGACGACAAGAAGGGUGAAACCACGAGCAGCAGCAGCGGCACAUCUUCGGGAGCAAAGGCCACUGACAAGUCAAUGAGCAACGCCGAUAAGUCCACUAAACCUGCCAACAGCAGUGAGGAGAGCGACGAUGAUGAGGAGCUCUCUGAUGUCUCUGAAGACGAUAAUGGCGACAAGAAGGAUGACAAGAAGGAUGAUAAGAAGAAAUCUACCACUACCAGCAAGAAGAACAGCAGCGUCGAUGACAGCUACAGCAGCUCAGCAUCCACUAUCGGCGCCUCGUUCUUUGGUGCCGCCUUUGUUCUGAUGGUAUCUCUGUUCUAAAUCGAUAAACGGGUGUUUCAAUAUUUUAAUAUAAUUUGCAAAAGCACCGCAUAAGUAUUUUUUGCCUAAUCGUCUUUUUAUUUCGCACUUUGUAUUAUUAUUCAAUAACGACAAUUGAAUAUUUUCCUAAUACUCUUGUUC